AUGGAGGUCGAUCAGCUGCCCGCUGGCGAUCCUUUUCAGCACUACCGCCAAACUGAAGGGCACAGCAUCCUGCGCCCGACCUUCCAGUCCAGUGAGCAGAUCACCCCCGCGCAGUUCGACCGUCCCACUGUAUCGGCCGCCAGUGAUGUUGUUCUUGACCAAUAUUACGAUCUCACCCAAUUGAAGAAGAGUCAGCUUCGCGCCACUGACCAGCUUCAGAAGCAGAUACGAGCGCCAUUUCCAACUGAACACCCAUACUUUUCCCACAUUUCCAAGUUUGCAGUAUUCCCGGACUUCAUCUCAGCAAGCGAUCCACAUACUGGGGCACGAGCUGGACAGCUGCUGCCCAUUAAUCCUGAUAUGCCUGCAAAAAGUUAUGAUGUGAUUGUGGCUAAGAAAAUUAAAGGAUUUCCAUAUAGAUUUGAAACCCAGGAAAUACCCAUCACACCAAAAGGUUUAGCCUGGCCAGGACAAGAAGGUUUUACUCAGCAUCCUAAAACAGAAAAAGAUCGUAAAGCGCCAAUCUAUCCAACUCCGCCGAAGCUGAUUGCCCCCAACAAGUCAGAGCCAAUCUUAGAGCACGCUGUUUCAGAGAGGACUGCUAAAAUCUUGAAAAAUAUCGACAAAUCACACUGGCUGUCCUCCUACAAGAGGGACUUCACAGGCAGUGGACCAAUGAAUCCCCUUCAGUUAGAUGAUUACCAUGAGAAAGCAAUAGCACAAGUGACAGGAAAAUACACCUAUUUCUCAGAGCUGAAAGAACAGUCUCAUCCCGCCUUUUUGCCAAAUCCACCAUUGCGGCCCAUGAAGAAAAAGGAAAGCAGUAAGGUUUCCACAGAUGAUGCCACUGGUUAUCAAUCCCCAAGUGUACCAGUGCACGAAGCCAAGUCACCAACGCCCAUAUGUGAAACUGAUUCAAAACCAGAUGAUGAGGUAAAAAUAUGUAGGGAAGAGAAACCAAUUUCUUGGCAAAAUAGACGUUGCCAAACAGCGAUAUCAAGUGCUUCCUGCCCUGACUAUGACAUCCGUUUGUUAAGAUACAAAGUUCAGCAAAUGAAAAAUUCCGAAAAACCCUCUGCAUUUAACCAACAUCAGAAAGAAAGGGUGAUGGAUUGUUGGGCAACUCCGGUUAUCAGUAUGGACCAAGCUUGCAAAAUAACAGAUUCCGAGAAUGCUCAGCCCCUUUGGAAGAGACGAAAGUCAGUCCAACAUGACAUUAGCUAUGUAGAUUUACCACCGAGUAAGUUAGCCGGUUUUACGACAAAACAGAACCAGAUAUCUCUGAGCAAACCACCUUCACCAAAUAGGGUUGAGAUUAAAGAUCCCGAAUGUGGUAGAGAAUUCAAUCUUGCGUCUGGCGAUAUGCAGCCCAUACAUACAUCAUAUGCUUCAGAGAAUAAGGAAGUGCCACAGCUGGAAAGGUGUAAUAUGUUGAUCUGUGACAACCCUAGGCUUCAGGUCUCACAGCUAAAAUUUCCCCAUGCAUUCAAUAAAACAGAAAUACAUAAGCGAUUACAUGAGGAAGCUCCUGAAAAAACACUGGAUUAUCGAGAUAACAUCUACUCAGGGAGGAGACACACUUUCUUUGGAUUAAAUUCUUCUUAUUUCCAUAAUGGAACUUUAUAG